GGUAUUACAACCUUAGCGCGAGGAGCAGAAAUAAACCAAGAAAACUUUAAAUUUUAUCUGCUGCUGUGAUCUGGAAGUAAAAAAAAAUGUCUGAGAACAACGAGCGUCUGAACAAGUUCAAGAACAAAGGCAAAGAUGCCAACGAGCUGCGCCGCAGGAGGGUGGAGGUCAACGUGGAGCUCCGAAAGGCGAAGAAAGAUGAUCAGAUGUUCAAGAGGAGAAAUGUGUCCGCGUUUCCUGAAGAGGCCACUUCUCCUCUGCAGGAGCGGACCCAAAACUGUCAGGCCACCAGGCAGUGGACGGUUGAGGAGAUCCUCACAGGAGUGAACAGCAGUAGCGUUGAGUCUCAGCUCCAGGCCACGCAGGCUGCACGGAAGCUGCUGUCCCGCGACAAGAAUCCGCCCAUCAACCAGAUGAUCAGCGCCGGUCUGAUCCCGAAGUUUGUGUCCUUCCUGGGUCUGGCAGACUCUCCUCCGAUCCAGUUCGAGGCCUCCUGGGCUCUGACCAACAUCGCCUCCGGGACGUCCGAUCAGACGGCGGCGGUCGUGGAGGGCGGGGCCAUUCCUGCCUUCAUCAGCCUGGUCACUUCCCCCCACCAGCACAUCAGCGAGCAGGCGGUCUGGGCCCUCGGAAACAUCGCCGGUGAUGGGUCCGCCCUCAGAGACCGCGUCAUCAAGCACGGAGCCGUGGCUCAUCUGCUCAGUCUGCUGGCCGUCCCCGACCUGUCUGUCUUUAGUGCCGGUUACCUGAGAAACGUCACGUGGACGCUGUCCAACCUCUGCCGCAACAAGAACCCCUCCCCGCCCAUGACGGCGGUCCAGCAGAUCUUACCCGCUCUGGUUCGCCUGCUGCACCACGAUGACCGGGAGGUGCUGGCUGACGCGUGUUGGGCCGUGUCGUACCUGACGGACGGCUAUGACCGCAUCGAGGUGAUGGUGCAGACCGGUUUAAUUCCUCGCCUGGUGAACCUGCUCGGCUUCGAGGAGCUGUCUGUCGUCACCCCGGCGCUGCGAGCCAUCGGUAACAUCGUGACGGGCACAGAUGAGCAGACUCAGGCCGUGCUGGACGCCGGCGCCCUCGCCAUGUUCCCCCAGCUGCUGCGCCACAAAAAGGCCAACAUCCAGAAGGAGGCAGCCUGGACUCUGUCCAACGUCACAGCAGGGAAGGACACCCAGAUCCAGGAGGUCAUCAACGCCGGCCUCGUCCCGUACAUCAUCGAUAUGCUCAUGCGGGGGGACUACAAAACCCAGAAGGAGGCUGUGUGGGCUGUAACAAACUUCACCAGCGGGGGCACCGUUCAGCAGGUGGUCUACCUGGUUCAGGCCAACGUGCUGGAGCCUCUUCUGUCUCUCCUGUCCUCUAAGGACAGCAAAACUGUCCUCGUCAUCCUGGACGCCAUCACCAACAUCUUCCUCGCCGGGGAUAAAAUCGGGGAGUCCGACAAGCUGAGUCUAAUGGUUGAAGAAUGCGGCGGACUGGACAAAAUCGAGGCUCUGCAGUCUCACGAGAACGAGUUGAUCUACAAAGCGUCGCUCAACCUGAUCGAGAAAUACUUCUCGGACGAGGAGGAGGUGGUGCAGUGUGUCGCCCCGGACGCAACCAGCAACGGUUACACGUUCCAUGUCGGCGACAGCGGGAGCACUUUCGAUUUCUAAAUCUUUUCUAACGUCUGCUGUCACCUGUACUGUUCCUCACUGCUGCUGUUUGUCCUGUUCAUGUUACUGUGGAUUUCUUUUGUAUGUACUGUACAUACUGUUUUAAUACGACAAAACAUGAUUGUAAAUAAAGUUGUCAGAUCAUG